CACUUUUAAAAACGCGUCUCGAGAUAUUUGCGUUCGGUUCUACUCGUGAUAAUGCGUUCGGACUGAACGCCCCCUCUGAAGUCUGGUAAGGUGGUUCCAUGUUAUUGCAAGAUCUUUGUGUUUGCGAUUACGAUGCAAUGUUUUCUGUACCAUUGUGGUGCACCUGCUAGAAGGCAGACGUUGCGCAUAGUCUGGAUUCAAAAGUUUACCGACGUUAAAACUGUUUUUGUCACAUGUCGACGGAGGAUUUGUCCACUUCUGAUAGCGAGGCUGCCUUCGCGGGAGCCGGGGAGCGAUGGGCGCCCGUUGGAGCGGUGGCAAGCCCGGAAGAUGAACAGUGGAAGCGGGACACGCAGGCUGGAGCAGCGGCGUCCGGCGAGACAGACAUGGUAGCCAGGCUGCGGAAGCUGGAGGACGAGCAAGAGCAGCUGAAUUCAUCACUUCUCGCCCUAACCUCACACUUUGCGCAAGUGCAGUUUCGACUCAAACAGAUUGUCCAUGCUCAAAGCGAGGAGAAAGAGAGGAUGCUGCUGGAGCUGGAGGAGUUUGCUUUCAAAGGAUGCCCUCAUGUCAUCGAGUGCAGAGCACAGAACGCCCAGAUGUUGGAGAACUCUAAUGAAAGAGAGAAGAGGGAGCGUUUGGAAGCUCAGAGAAAGAAGCAGAAGGAACUGAUUUUCCAGCUGAAGACCCAACUUGACGACCUGGAACACUUUGCCUACCAGGAGGGAAGCUAUGACUCAUUGCCUCAGUCUGUCCUCAUGGAGAGGCAGAGGGUGAUCAUUGACGAGCUGAUCAAGAAGCUGGAUGUGAACCUUAAUGAAGACAUAGGGAACCUCACUCCAGAGGAGCUCCGGCAGAGAGUGGAUGCUGCCAUAGCUCAGAUAGUCAACCCAGCCAGAGUUAAAGAGCAACUGGUUGAGCAGCUCAAGACCCAGAUUAGAGACCUGGAGAUGUUCAUUAAAUUCAUACAGGAUGAGGUGGGAAACCCUCUGUUAAAUGAUGGUGCAAACAGCCAACAGGCCCGAGCAGCUGGACCAAACACUGGAGCCACUGGAGGGAUGAAGCAAGUGGACCCUGAACAGGCUCAGAGGAUGCGAGAAACUGGGCUUCAACUGAUCCAGAAAGCCUUAGCUGUGCUGCAGAUCUUUGCUUUGAGCCAGUUUGGAUGCGCUGCAGGGCAUAUGCCCCAGAAUGUGUGGUCUCAGGGGGGCGAGUCUCAAGAUUAUGGCCCUCUGCUGAAGAAACUGGAAGGAGCUGUGGAGCGCGUACGUCUCCAAGCCUCUCGCCAGCAGCCAGCCCCUCAGGUGGAACAUGUGGUCAGUUACACCACCUGCCUGUCACCAGGAGGACCUCGGGACGAACUCACCGCUUCUGUACGAAAGGAGUUGGCCGUGGCACUGCGGGACCUGCUCGCCCAUGGCCUGUACACUCCUUCUCAGGGCAUGAGCCUGGUGCUGGUCCCCAUUUCCUGCCUGUUUCCCUUCAGCGCUUCUCCACAGACCUUGCAUCCGUGGGAACUCUUUGUCAAGUACUAUCAAUCCAAAAACGGCCAGGCCUUUGUGGAGUCCCCCGCCCGCCAGCUCUCACAGUCUUUUAGUUUGCCUGUAGGGGAUGGACCUGUGACGGUCACACCAAAGCAGUCUCUGUUAUGGGCCAUUCAUACUGUGCUUAAAGAGCAUGGGAGAUAUAAACGUAGUGCAGACUCUGAGUUUAAGGCCUUAGUGUGCAUGGCACUCAAUGAGCAGAGGCUUCUGUCCUGGCUCAACCUGCUGUGUAAGUCUGGGACGUUAAUACACUCGCACUACCAGCCGUGGAGCUACAUGGCCCAAACGGGCUUUGAGGGUGCUUUGCGCAUACUGGGCCGCCUCAGCCAUCUCAAGUUCAGCCUACCUGUAGACUUGGCCGUCAGACAGCUGAAAAAUAUUAAAGAUGCUUUUUAAGCAAACUAAAAUGUUGGAAGUUUGUGUAAUAUAAAAAAGGAUAUGCAGUUGAGUAUGCUAUAGCACUAAUUAUCUGCUUAAAGGGAUAGUUUAUACCAAAAUGAAAAUUCUUUUGAGGUACUCUGAUAGCACUUUUCCACUGACAUGGUUCGGGGGCGGGUUCCUGGGCCGGUGCGAAUUCUUGAACUGUUCCGCGUGAUUCCACCACAGAAAAGGCCGUUCCGGGGCCGAAAACCUGGUUUGACACUGGUCCCAAAACUUGCUGGUAAACACAGAAUCGCCGGUGUCCUCUGCAGCUGAUCUCAGUGAGUUAUUAUAUUUGUCAACUUUGUUAGCUUUCCUUACACUGUUUUCCUCUUAAUUUGUGCAUUGUUUUGUUCAGUAAGGGCAUUUUUGACCAGCCACUCUAACUUCGGAAGAUCGCGGCUAUCUGUCAAGUAAACUUAGGGAUUCUCAAUCAAAAUGUAAACAUAAUAUUAUAUGCUAUGGCAAAACUCCAAAUAUAACCAUCUGCUACACCAAUGUUAAUAAUUAUUCCACUGUAACAGUUUACAGAAUUUACCAAGUUAAGCCAUAGUUCAUACAAAAUAAUGUAAUUACAUUACCUGUCGUCUUUAGUGUAGAUGUUGUCUCUGACAGUCUUGUUAAGCAGUGUAAUAACAUUGGAUUGCAUUACUCCGUAUAUUUAAAUAUGUCCUCAAAAACAAGAGUAAAAGCUGUACACAAACACUGUUGUGACUUGCCAUGUUUGUUUAUGGGCAGGUAAGUUAGUCGCGUAACUCAUUAUGUCACGUUUGUUUCUGAAGUCAGUGGAAAAGUGCGGCCGGCUUACAAAAGGAUCCAGAUUGCCCCGGGUGUGAACUAGCAGAGCACACAUUUCGGUGGAAAAGGGCUAUCAGAAGAGUGAGUUCUCUGGAAUAAGAACAGUUAAUAUGAAAGUGAUUUCAAAAUGAAGCAGCCCAUGUACUUUUUUUAAAGGGAUGGUUCACCUAAAAAAUGAAAAUUGUCUUAUCAUUUAUUCACCCUCAUGCCAACCCAGAUGUGUAUGACUUUCUUUCUUCUGCUGAACACAAACAAAGAUUUUUAGAAGAUUUUCUCAGCUCUGUAGGUCUAUAUAGUGGAUGGUGAUCAGCAAUUUAAAGUUUCUAAAAGCACAGACAGUGAGCAUAAAAGUAAUCCAUAUGACUCCAGUGGAUAAGUCUAUAUCUUCAGGAGUGAUAUGAUAGGUGAGGGUGAGAAACAGAUCAAUAUAUAAGUCCUUUUUUGCCUGAAAUUCUUCUCCCUGCCCAGUAGGGGGUGAUAUGCAUGAAGAAUGUGAAUCACCAAAAACACAAGAAGAAUGUGAAAGUGAUCUGUUUCUCACCCACACCUAUCAUAUAGCUUCUGAAGACACUGAUUUAACCACUGGAGUCUUAUGGAUUACUUUUAUGCUGACUUGUGUGAUUUUUGGAGCUUCAAAAUUUUGGCAACCAUUCACUUGCAUUGUAUGGACCAAAAGAGCUUAAAUAUUCUACUGAAAAACUUCAUUUGAGUUCAGCAGAUGAAAGAAAGUCAUACACAUCUGGGAUGGCAUGAGGGUGAGUAAAUGAUGAGAGAAUUUUCAUUUUUGGGUGAACUAUUCCUUUAAGGCUCAACGUUGAUUUUGGCCCAUGUAACAUGUAACCUUUGGGUGGAUUUGUUAUGGCCAGCUUUUACCAAAAUCAACAAUACUACUGUAUGUUGAUUUAUUACUUGAACUCUUCUCAAGGGCCAUGUUAAAGGUCAUUGUGUAUGUUGGAGAUCAUCUACUGUAUCUAAAUUAGGUAAACAUGAACUAAAGUGAAAUAUUAACUGACCACUUUAAUGCGAUUUGUUUUGUUAUAAACCUUAUGAGACCAAGUUACAAUUAAAAAACUGACACCGUACUAAAUUAUGGGACAGUGGUUCACCCUCAACAAAUAAUAUUGCUUUUCAUUUAAUAGUGAUUUGUAUUUGCAUUACUCGAGGUGAUGUCUUUACAUUUCAGACACUGGAAUUGUGCAUAUCAGGUUUGAGUCAUUUCAGCUCUGCUACUCUUUGUGUGUCCUGAUCACUGUCUGAGAAGACCAUGCAUGCUGGUGAGACCUCACAUAGGUCAAACAAUACACUCAGGUCAUUUAGUACAAAGUGAGAAAAACAAUAACAUAGAAAUUGUCAUCUGUGUUGGUAAAUCACUGAAUUCUCUCCACUGCUUUCAUUCCACUGCCUGGCCCAUUUCAACCAGUUGCCACUUGAAAAUGAUUGUAGAAAACUGAUGAGAUUAUCAGAAUCCUAUGAGCACAUGAGGUCAAUAGAGUUCAUCAGAGAACCAUAUUGAAUAUGAGACUGAUUUGCUGUGCAUUAAUGUUCUGCCACCAUUCAGAGGCUCUGCUUGAAUAUAUUGUUGUCAAUUCUUGUUUACUGCUCUAAAAUAUUGAAUGUACAAUCCUUGAAAUUGUAUCCUGCAACCUGAUUCCACAUUACAUAUUAAACUGCCCUGAAUACUGAUUUAACAAAUGAAUGGAGGAAGAGAGGGUGAUUGUUACCUUCUCCAGUAAAUUGAUUCAGGAUUCAAUGUAUUUUUCUGCACCAUCCGAAUAUGUAUGGAUGUUUGUGAUGCAUUAAAGGAGUCACGAGGAAUCAAAAUUUCCUUUUUAUUUUGACAUUUAAGAGUUCACUGUACUAUAAAAACACACUGUAAUUUCCAGAACUCAAAACUUCCUUCCGCAUUUGUUGAAACCAAGCUGCCAAAAUGACUCAUUCUCUACUUUGCCCCACAUUGUGAUGUCACACUGUGGUAGACAUUUGUUUCUGAACUCCUCCACAACAACACAUCAAUGCCUAUUUUACCUUAUCGCUUCUGUAGCCUGCCCAGUAGUGGUGAGCAGUGAGAUGGCAAGAAGAGAGCUGGUCAGUCAAGAGCAGAGAGCCAAUCAUAACUGUGGGCAUUUACUGUCAAGUCUUAAAGGAGAAGCAGCACCAAAACCAAGUGUUUCUGACAGAUGGUCAGAAUGAAGGUGGAUGUUUUACAAAUAUAUGACUGUUUUUUUGUGCAAAAAACUUUACUAAUGUUAUAAGUGAACCUAAAGGAACUUAUAAUAAAAAUAAAAAAAGGCAUGUCAUGACCGCUUUAAUGGUCUCAAUUAUGCCAUUUGAUCUUUUCUUUGUCUGGAAAGACAAUUGGCCUAUUUUCUAUCCUUUUGGUUCAUCUUUGUGUUCAUACUGUAUCUCUUAAGGAAUUACUGUUCUGUUCUGAAUUAUUGUAUGUCUUCUUUGGCACAAAUUAUACUUCCAUGACAGACACUAUAUCAAAGAAGCCGUGAUUUUAAAAAAAAAAAAACAGUGUCAGUUAUAUUAAAUUUUUUAUGUGCCAUCAUUUUUGGAUGUAAUGAUGGUGAAUUUUCAGUAAUUACAUGGAUUAAAUGUUCUGAAUGCUCCUCUGCACAUUUUCUCUAGGACUGAGUUAAGAAUGGCACACUACCAUAACUACUCUUAACUUUUUUGCCAUAUCUUUAUACGGCAAAAAUAUAAAGAUUAAUAUGGUAGUAUGCCAUUCUGAACUCAGUCACUUCCAUUAUCUUUCUCUUUCGUCCUAAUCUGUAUUUCUCCUAGGUAACACUUUACAAUAAUGUUCCAUUUGUUAACAUUAGUUAACAUGAACUAACAAUGAAUAAUACUUUUACAUCAUUUUAUAAUCUUGGUUAAUGUUAAUGUUUCAUCAUAUACUAAUACAUUUUUAAAAUUAAAAGAUGUAUUUGUUAACAUUAGUUAAUGCAUGAACCAACAAUUAUCAAUUGGAUUUUUUAUUAACUAAUAAUUGCUGUAAAAAAUACAGGUGCAUCUCAAUAAAUUAGAAUGUCGUGAAAAAGUUCAUUUAUUUCAGUAAUUCAACUCAAAUUGUGAAACUCGUGUAUUAAAUAAA